CACGUACAGUGUGUGUGGGCAUGGCUGACAGCCCAGCCCCACAGCAAGCCGGUGACGCCAGGCCACAGCCAUCCUCUGCCCCCCAGCCAAAGGCCCAGAGGCCCCAUUCUGGAUUGCCGUGUGGAUGGAGGGACAGCACCAGCUGCUGGCCACUGCCCCUUUCAAAGGUGAAAACAGUAAAAUUUAUGACAGUUGCCCUAUCAGGCGACAGAGGAGCAUAAAAGCCAGAGGAAGUGUGAGAGCCCAACAAUCUGCGGAAACGCUUCCUCCACGACCCGGAACGUCUGGACGGUUCCAGCAUGGGGCUGUGGCCGCGCACUUUCCUCCUGGGGCUGCUGCUGCUGGGGCAAGGAACCAUACAGGCCCAUACCUCUCCUGAAGAGAAGGCAUUGGAAGAGCAGCUAUGGCCAGAGUGGCAGACCCUGAAGAGUUUCCUCUUCUCAUGCACCUCGAAGAAGUCAGAACCCCGUGUGCCUUCGAAGUCAGUCCACUCUCUGAGGCCUUCUGACAUUAGAUUUGUGGCAGCCAUUGGCCAUAUGGAAACUCCUCCAGACUCAGGGACGGCUGACCCGCUGAAGCAAAACUGGACUGAAAAUAGACCCCCGCAGGCGUGCAUGGGAGUGGUGACAGUCCUUUCAGAUGUCAUCAGACACUUCAGUCCAUCUGUUCUGAGGCCCGUGUGCACCCCUGGAAAGGGAGCGGUACCCCACGAUGGUGCUGAAGACUUGUGGAUGCAGGCAAAAGAACUGGUGAGGAGCAUGAAAGGGAACCAGCAACUUGACUUUCAAAAUGACUGGAAGCUCAUCAAUGUGUUCUUUGCUAAUACGAGCCAGUGUCACCUGUGUCCUUCUGCCCAACAGCAAAGACAUGUGACGAGCAGCUUGGACAAGCUGACAAGAGUGCUGGACCACCUGCACCAGGAGGUCCCCAAGGCAUUUGUGAACCUGGUGGAUCUCUCCGAGGCUCUGGGGAGCUUGCACUGGCAGCCAGGCACUCCGAUCAGCCCCUCGGCGGAGCCCUGCAGGUGCUCAGGGGAGACCUCGCAGCUGUCCAGGGUUGUGACCCAAUGGUCCUAUCAGGAAACCUGGGAACGACUUCUGGCCUCCAGCAAGUACAAUGAGCAGGAGUCCUUCGCCGUGGUUUUCCAGCCUUUCUUCUAUGAGAGAGCCCUGCCUCCACCCUCGGGGAAGCGGCCACUCCAGGAUCCCAUCGCACUCGCCCUGACUCUCUGGAACAGCAUGAUGGAGCCAGUAGGACAGAAAGAUGAGCCAUUCAGCGCAAGAGAGAAGAGGCCAGUGAAAUGUCCCUCUCAGGAGGAUCCCUACCUGUUCACCUAUAGAAACAGCAACUACCUGCCCAGGUUGCCCACACCCCAGGCAAAGUUUGAGGUGAGAGAAGGAGCGGAAAUCAGUUGUCCUGACAAGGAUCCUUCUGACACGAUUCCCACCUCAGUUCACAGACUGAAGCUGGCUGACAUCAAGGUCAUCGGAGCCCUGGGUGACUCAAUCACGGCAGGUAACGGGGCCGGGUCCAGGCCUGGGAACGUCCUGGACGUCUUGACUCAGUACCGAGGUCUGUCCUGGAGCGCUGGCGGUGAUCAUAAUCUCAGCAGUGUCACCACCCUGCCAAACAUCCUCCGGGAAUUCAACCCUUCCCUGAAAGGCUUCUCUGUUGGGACAGGAAGAGAAAACAGCCCUGGGGCCUUUCUAAACCAGGCUGUGGCAGGAUCCCGAGCAGAGGACUUACCUGCUCAGGCCAGGAGGCUGGUUGACCUGAUGAAGAAUGACACGAGCAUAAAUUUUCAGGAAGAUUGGAAGAUAAUAACCCUGUUUAUAGGAGGCAAUGACCUCUGUGACGUCUGCAACGACCCGUUCCGCUACUCCCCCGAGAACUUCACCAGCAACAUCGGGAAGGCUCUGGACAUCCUCCACGCUGAGGUGCCUCGGGCGUUCGUGAACAUGGUGAAGGUGCUACAGAUCAUCAGCCUGCGGGAGCUGUACCAGGAGAAGAAUGUCAGCUGCCCAAGGCUGAUCCUCCGGAAUCUGUGUCCCUGUGUCCUGAAGUUUGAUGAUAACUCCACAGAACUUGCCUCCCUCAUCGAGGUGAAUAAGAAAUAUCAGGAGGGGACUCACCAGCUGGUUGAGAGUGGGCGUUACGACACGAGGGAAGAUUUUACAGUGGUCGUGCAGCCGUUCCUUGAGAAAGUGGACAUGCCAAAGACCCCGGAUGGGUUGCCUGACAGCUCUUUCUUUGCCCCCGACUGCUUCCACUUCAGCAGCAAGGCUCAUGCCCACGCAGCCAGCGCCCUCUGGAACAACAUGCUGGAGCCUGUCGGCCAGAAGACAACACAGCAUAAGUUUGAAAGCAAGAUCAACAUCAUGUGUCCAAACCAGGACUGGCCAUAUCUGAGCACCUACAAGAACGACGUGCAGGAUUAUGGGAGCCGGUUGCUAUGCAGUGACAGAGCCCCUUCUGCCUCGCCGCCCACCUCAGUGCACGCCCUGAGACCUGCAGACAUCCAGGUUGUGGCUGCUCUGGGGGAUUCUCUGACCGCUGGCAAUGGAAUUGGCUCCAAAGCAGAUGACCUUUCUGAUGUCACCACUCAGUACCGGGGGCUGUCAUUUAGUUCAGGAGGGGACAGCUACCUGGAGAAGGUGACCACCUUACCAAAUAUCCUGCGGAAGUUUAACGGAAAUCUCACAGGCUAUGCGGUGGGCACAGGUGACGCCAAUGACACAAAUGCAUCCUUCAAUCAGGCUGUUCCUGGCGCCAAGACUAAGGAACUUGCGAGCCAAGUCCAGACUCUGAUACAGAAGAUGAAAGAUGACCACAGAGUAAAUUUCCAAGGAGACUGGAAGAUCAUCACGGUGCUGAUUGGAGGCUCUGAUUUAUGUGACUACUGCACAGAUUCGAAUCUGUAUUCUGCAGCCAACUUUUUUGUCCAUCUCCGCAACGCCUUGGACAUCCUGCAUAGAGAGGUGCCCAGGGCGCUGGUCAACCUCGUGGACUUCAUGAGCCCCAGUGUCAUGCGGCAGACAUUCCUGGGGAACCCUGACAAGUGCCCUCUGCAGCAGGCCAGUGUUUUCUGUAACUGUGUUCUGACCCCGCGGGAGAGCUCCCAAGAGCUGGCCAGGUUGGAAGCCGUCACCCGAGCCUACCAGAGCAGUGCGCGCGAGCUGGUGGAGUCAGGCCGCUACGACACGCGGGAGGACUUCUCUGUGGUGCUGCAGCCCUUCUUCUCCAACCUCCGGCUGCCCGUCCUGGAGGACGGGAGCCUGGACCUGUCCUUCUUUGCUCCGGACUGCCUCCACCCAAGUCAGAAGUUCCACUCCCAACUCUCCAGAGCCCUUUGGGUCAAUAUGCUGGAACCAGUAGGAAGGAAAACAGACACCCUGGACUUGAUGGCAGACAUACCCCUCCCCUGCCCCACCCAGAACGAGCCCUUCCUGAGAACUGCCCGGAACAGUAACUACACAUACCCCAGCAACCCAGCCAUUGAGAACUGGGGCAGCGACUUCCUGUGUACGGAGUGGAAUCCUUCCACCAGUGUCCCCACGUCAGUCCAUGAGCUCCGGCCUGCAGACAUCAAAGUGGUGGCCGCCCUGGGAGACUCUGUGACUACAGCGGUGGGAGCCCGACCCAGCAACACCAGUGACCUCCCCACAUCCUGGAGGGGACUCUCCUGGAGCAUCGGCGGGGAUGGUGAUUUGGAGAGCCACACCACACUGCCCAACAUUCUGAAGAAGUUCAACCCCAACAUCCUGGGCUUCUCCACUGGCACCCAGGAGGAGACGGCAGGGCUGAAUGUAGCCGUGGAAGGGGCCCGAGCUCGGGACAUGCCGACCCAGGCCCGGGACCUUGUGGAGAGAAUGAAAAACAGCGCUGAAAUCAACCUGCACAAAGACUGGAAGCUGAUCACACUCUUCAUUGGGAGCAACGACUUGUGUCAUUACUGCGAGAAUCCGGAGGCCCACUCAGCCCAGGAGUAUGUCUGGCACAUCCAGCAGGCACUGGACAUCCUCUACCAGGAGCUGCCGAGGGCCUUCGUCAACGUGGUGGAAGUCAUGGAGCUGGCUGGUCUGUACCAGGGCCAAGGCGACACAUGUGUCAUGCCACUGGCAGCCCAGAGCAACUGUGCCUGCUUCCGAGGCUCCCAGGAGAACUCCCUGGAGAUGCAGGAGCUGAAGACCGUGAACUGGAACUUCCAGAGCAGCAUCUCCGGCUUCUCCUUCCGGCCCCAGUACCUGCAGCGGGAGGACUUCGCGGUGGUCGUGCAGCCGUUCUUCCGGCACACGCUGGCCCCCCUGAACAACAGAGGGGGCGCUGACCUCAGCAUCUUCUCCGAGGACUGUCUGCACUUCUCUGAACACGGGCAUGCCGAGCUGGCCAUCGCUCUCUGGAACAACAUGAUGGAACCAGUGGGCCGUAAGACAACCUCCAACAACUUCACCUACAGCCGAACCAAGCUCAAGUGCCCUUCUCCUGACAGCCCCUACAUCUACACCCUGAGGAACAGUCAGCUGCUCCAAGAUAAGGCUGCAGCAGGCCCCAAAGAGCUCCCCUGGGCCACGCCAGUGGCAGCAGGAUGUGGCCUUGUGGUUGGCAUUGGCACCGUCAUGGCCUGGAGAGCCCUACGACGUCGCCAGAGGGGAAAUCCUCCAAUAAGUCUGAACACUGGGAGCUUCUAGGCCGUCCAGCCUUGUGAGGACUCUCACCCUACACUCCCCCAGCCACACUCCUCACCAGCCCUCUACCUCAGCCACUACAGAGCUCACUCGCUAUGAUACCUGGCGACACAGGAAGCCGAAAGGACAGUCAUGCCUUCUUGGGGCCUGGGACCUAUGCUCUUGGAAUUGGCACAUCUAAAUAAAGGCCAAAGCCAUUUUAUUCUUG